CCUCCCUCCCACGCACCCACGCCUCCUGCCCUUCACCCUCAGAGCGUGAGAGGAGGGAGAUGAGAAGCUGCAAUCUUUUCCGGUUUCGAUUGUGCAGCGACGGAUCGCUAUUAUUUUUGCUUUCUCCCCACGCUCACGGUGUCUUUUUUUUGCAUUCUCUGUGGUGCUCCAUGCCUCUGGACUGACUGCUUCUCAAUGCCUAUGCUGCAGCUCAGAUGGGAGACGUAAGUGUAGUCUGGCACCUGAACAAGCACAGUAGGUCUCUCUGGCGGGCCAUCCCAGGCACGGGAUGCUGAACGGGAGCCGUGAGGGUUUGUUUGAACUGGGCAGGCAGCUUCAGCAAAAAGGAGACUCCCAAGCUGCUCUGCAUUGCUUCCUGAGCUCCUUGCUGGGGCUGACACAUGUGCAGAGCUUCCAAUCACUACCCAACUGCCUGCAUCAGAUUGCUGAACUGUACAUUGAUGAGAAAAAUUAUGGGAAAGCUCUGCAGUUCAUUCAGGCGGAGAAGAUGUUCUACGAAGUGGCAUUGAUCGAGCUCACCUCGCUGCAGGGAAGCACAGGGUCUCAGGAAGACGGAUCUCUGGGAACAUCAGGAUGUUUGUCCCAGGAGGAGUUAUCAGAACAGACUUCACAGGCCCAGGAUCUUGAGCGGCUGGCCCAGCUCUGCAUCAUGAGCAAAAGACCCCAUCUUGCAUUGGAGUACAGUGGCAAGGCCACUAAAAUCAACCAGCGGGCUUUUGGUAAUGAUCACCCCAUCACGGCCCGGAGUCUGGAGCUGCUUGCCACCGUCUAUGCUGAGAUUGGCAAAACAGAAUAUACUAAUUCAUUAGGUGAGUGUGUGUCGACUCUUUCGAAGAGGUUCACUGCCACUGAAUCAUUUAGCGAUGCUUUAAGUGGCAUUUCUCAAAGCCAUAAGGACAAACACUCUGAGCUGAGGCACAGAAAAGAAACAUACACACAACAUGAAUCUCCUACAAAUAAGAUCACAAGUGAAAAGCUGCCCACCUCCAUCCUGAAAAGGUCCAGUGUGAGCAAUGUAGAGUCAGCAUCACUGCGCAGACGAAAAACCGAGAGGCGAGUUCGCUUCAAAGAGCCGGAGAUAACAGUUCACGACAUUCCAUACUAUGACUGUUUAGGAGUGUAUGACACGCCUCAGAACAAUUUGCAUCUGGCCCUGCUGACCUGCCUUUUCCUGCUGCUGUCUGUGCUUGGUCUCGUUCUGUACUGCACAGACCGCCGAAGACCUCAGCGCUCCUGCGAGGAGCUGCAGACGGUGCUGGCUGUCUACCUGCUCCAAUUUAAGCAGAUAGUCUGGGCCUGCUGGAUAUGGCUGACCAUGCAAUAACUGUAACAAACCACAGGGGGCUGUCUGUGGCUAAGAGAAAACAUGAAAGGUUAGGAUGACAGAGAAACGGAAAUUUUAUUACUAAGAAACUGCUUUAUUUUUAAGGUUAUAUUUAGACUGGGCACCAGUCAAUAUCUAUGUGGAUGUUUAACAUCCAAUUCUGUUGUUUUUAGUUGUUUAAAGGCCAUGAGCUUUUCAGCACCAUUAACCUGGUGUGCAUUUUUUGCCCUUUAUGGUGGCAUAGCUAAUGUCACAUCCUCAUUAUACCAAAACAUAUAUAAAUGACCUCUGUAUGUAGUGCUUUACCAUUGUAGCAAUUAUAGGCAAUCUGUUGGAAUGCAUUUCUUUAUCUCCAUCCAAAAUACCUUUGCAGGAAUAUUAAUGAAAACUUUUAUCACUUUCAGAAUUUUUGUAGAACCAUAGAAACAGAGUACAAAUGAUUUCUGUACACCAGAAUUGGAGCCCGACUAAUACAUUGGUAGACUGCCAUUGAAAGUUCAAUCAUCCUUGAAUAAUUCAAUGUGAAUGAAUGCCAGCCAUAAUUUGCCCCACUAAAAUAAUCUGGUGUAUUUAAAGUGGAUGAUUUCAACGGCACACUUUCUGUGUACCAAACAAAGUAUGCAGGAUUCAGACAUGUGUUUGUAUUGAUAUAAACAGCUCUCCCAAAAAGGGCUUUCUUGGGUUCCUUACAGACGCACUGAUGUAAGAUCCAAGUAAUAAUUUCAGGAAAAAGUUAUAAUUCAUUUACUCAAUAAGAAAAUGAUUUCCACACUAGCUUUAAAAUCAUUGUUUUAGAGCUACUAUAGCGUUACCUGUUUGAGGAAAUAGAGAGGGAAUUAAAUGCUUAUGGCAGUGGUUCUCAAACUUUUUAAAAUGCGCCUCAGCCCCUCUGUAGGGUGCAUCCCAUCAUUAUGCCCCCCAAAGAAAAUUCAUGACCUUUUAAACAAUUUAAACUUAUAAUUUGAAUGAAACAAAACAUAUUAAGAUGUACUGCUGUUGGUUAGUAGCCUUAUUGUCUAUAAUUAUGAGGAAUUCAUGUAUUUUUUUUUAAUAUUUUUAUAUUUCAUAAAAAAUUCCUUUUCACUCCCAGUUUGAGAACCACUGGCACGUGUUUUAUUUAAGACCACAAGUUUGGAUAUAUGGCCACAUUUGUUUACCCGAAUAUUUUGCAGAAAUAAUGCCUAUCUUCACUUAAAAAAACACCUGUGAGGUGUUUUUGUUAUAUCAGCACUUUAUUAGACCGUAAAAUCAGUGUGCACACUGUACACUUUUUUUGUUUGUUUGUUUUUAUAUUAUUUUGUUUGUUCUACUAUUUUGCAUUUAAUGCAUUUGCUGUAUAUACUGAUAUUGAAUGUCUCAGUGGAAUGCAAGACAAUAAUAUUUAUUUGACAAAUUAUUAGCUAUAGUAUUAGAGUACAAAUAUGCAUUUAAUGCACUUAUAAAACAUGUACUGUACAGUAUAUACAGAAGGACGCUAAACAUUGUUAAUGAAUAUAUUUAAAUGUGUAUGUGAAAAGAGAGGAACUGGCACAAUGACUACACCUUUAACAUUUAUCUACACAAGUUUAAAUUAAGGGCAAAGCUGUUACUUUAAGCACAAAUGUUUCCAUCUUAAAGUAUCUCUGUAAGAGAUAGAAACUGUUUAAAGGAUGAGUUGGCCAUAUUUUGUGUCAUGUACUGCCAGAUUAACUGGCAAAAGAAAGAAUGCCAUUUAAAAUUGUUGACUGCUUUAUUAUGCUCGCAAUAUUUGUUUCAAUUUUACGUGUUACUAACAGCAUUGUUGCAGAAAUCCAACAGUGCAUUCUUUUCGUUUAUUGUUUUAUAAGAAUUUUCUUUUCUAUCUUUAUUUUUACUACUCUUUCACACGUUUAAACUUUUAAUCUUUCUUUAUAUCUGCAGUUGUUAUCUCUAUUUUUCUAGUCUUUGUGCAAGCAUUUUCUAUGAAACUACAUCCAUAUUUUAUGUCGAUCACAGAACUAUUGUUUACAUAGCAUUCUUUCAUUCAUUCUAUACAAUAGUUGCAUGUAUUUAACUUACAAUAACAAGAAAGGCUUUGAUUCUUAUCAUUAAAGUUUUCAAUGAUUUUCCAGAAUCACUAAACUUUCUGUGUCACACUUCCCCAGUUCUUAACUCUUUCCUCGCCAUUGACAAGUUAUCUCGUCAAUUAAGAAAAAAUUGAAGCCAGAACGUUAUUUACUAAUUUUAAACUCUAUGUAUGUUUUGAUAAUCUUUCUAAAUCUGAUCUCUAACAAAAUUCCUUCACAAAAAUGCACUUAUUUCAGCUUUUUGCUAAAGAAUUCGUAUUUUUAAAGAAACAUAUCCAUAUUUAAGAGUUUAUAAGCAGAGAAUAUAGAAACAUAUAGAUAGGAUUAAACAGUUUUUCCCUGUUUUGUUUGUUUGUUUAUUGUUUGUUUGUUUAUUGUUUGUUUGAAAGCAGAGGGUCUGUUCUUUCAUUUGAUAUUUUUGUAUGUUUAUAUAUUUAGAAGAACAUUUUCCUGGAAGGCAUUUUGUGAAACAUUUGUGAAAGUCACAUAAAAUGCUGGUGGGCAAGCUUUUCAAAAAAUG